GAGCGAACUUCCCCUCGUUCUGCCGUGUUCUGAGCGAAUUGGCAGCGUGCCGUCAUGAGCAGCGCUUCCGAGCAUGCGGCGUGGGACUGCAGUUCGGUGCCCUCAAGAGUGGCCAGCUUGCUGAGACAUUGGAUCAAACACCUGGAUGGAGACAAGGGUGAUGAGUGCUUGGUGGCAAUGUGCAGCUUGGUGAAAGUACCUGCAGUUGCACUGAUGCUGCCUUCUCCUGUCACAGACCAAACAAGACGGGCCUUGGAGAAAGUGGCUGAUGCUGGAAUUGAGCUAUUGGCUGCUGCUGAGACCAGCUUGUGGGACAUGCCUCGCAUGCUAUAUGUUCUGAGACUUAGAGAGGCCAAACUGCACAGCCCUGUUUCGCAGCUGCAAGGGUUGUUAGAGGAUGUCGCAGAAGCUACUUUGUCAGUGAAGCCAAAGAUAGGUCCAUGGCUAUGGCCUCUACAUGAACCGGAUGUCUCAGCCGCACUCCUGGUUUGCGAUGCAAUGACCGAUGAUGAACAUUGGGCGAUGCGCUUCAUCCGGGCCUUCCGGAUUCUUCCACCCAUUCACAUCAAAGAGCAGCAAAGUCACAUCAGAGAGCAGUAUUCAGCAUCAACGACCUAUGUUUUCGCUUGGAGCGAAGUCUAUGUGCAGGGACUUUGGGCCUUGCUCAUUGUGGCGUUGCCCACAGCACUGGCGUUGAAUGAGCGCCCAUGGAAGUUGGGCUGGGAAAGUUGGCAGUUCUACCUCCUUCAGGCUUUGGUGUUAGUCUGGACUAUGAUCAUGGCCGCCCUGAGCCGUUCGCGCAGAGCUUUCAUCCAAGAUGGCAGUGUGGGUGCCAGAAGUGAAACAGCCUUCAGCUGGAAGAAGAUGGCCCACACGCGUCGAGCCAAAUUGUGCAAGAUGCUGGCCCAAACCGGGGCUGGAAAUGAGUUUGCGGAGGUGGUGAACUUGAGACAAAAUCCUGAUCAUUGGCACAUGGAGCACCCCAAGACAUGGACAGUUCUGAGCGUCAUUGUCACAGUUCUGGCGAGCUCCUUGUGCUUGUGCAUGGCUGGAUUCUUCCUUCUGAUUGUGAUGGAAAUAAAAAUGGUGCUGAUCUUCAACUGGGGAGACUGCUUUCGAUUGGGGUGCAUUGGACCAGAAGAAGUGCAUGGCUUCGGCGGCCUGCUCUCGAUGAUCGCAACAGACAUAUUGCUGGCAUUGCUGAUCAAUGUCGCCACUGGUGAGCUUUGCAAAGCCUUUGCCUUCCAAAUUGCCAAGUUCUGGAACUUCAAGGAUAUGAGGCACCGGCUCUUUUGCUUCCACAUGACCGGGGCACUCAUUGAUGGUUUGGCGGCGAUUGGAGUGUUCUCUUUCUUGGCAUUUGCCUUUUUGCCCGAGUGGGAAGAGACACUGGCCACCUCAUGGGAUGAUGCUUCCAUGUGUCAAGAGUUCUUUGACUACAAGGUAUGUCAUGCUAUGGUGGGCUGCGAUCCGACAGAUACCGUUUGUUGCUCCGGCACACUCUUCUGUGCUCGUGCCAAGACGCCUGUUCAACAGCGCCAAAGCCUCUUCAAUGCAUGGCUCGGCGGCCUCUUCAUGGUAGCACCCUUUGUGGACGUACUCAUGCAGUUCAUCGUGCCUUUGCUGACCUACUACAUUCACCUGAAGGCCGACCGCAUUUUGAGUGAUGAGGAGCGUGCGGUCAAGAAGAGGUCGUGCUGCUGCGGAUGCCUGGAAGGAUUCGGCCGUUUGCUCGCAUUCAUCUUCGUCCUUGAUGGAGGUGUGAUGGGCCUGCCCUACGUGUGGCGAGGCUAUCCGUUCAAAGCUCCACACAUUGAAAUGGAAGCGGAUGACGACAAUGCGCGCAAGGCUUUGGGACCGGUGUGCGGCAACUGCAAGAAGGACAUGCAUUGGAAGCAAAGUCAAGAAAGCUGGAUCUGCCGCUAUCACCGAAAUUGCCUCUCAACGCAUGAGACCCAUGGCGAGAAGCGCUGGCGCUGCAACGAGUGUGAACAAAGCAUUUGUGGUCAGUGUCAUCCAUUGGGAGCAGCAUCGUUAAAUCACCUCUUUGGCCCUUUGGAUCAGCGCCUCUUGCGACCCUUCAACCCGAUCGAUGAGUUGAAGAUGCUCAAAAUGAACUUCAUGAUCGUGGUGAUGUUCGCGCCUGUGAACCCUUGGGGAUUGAUUGCUCAACUUCUUGCUCGUCUUUUCGACUUGCACUCACGCCUUUCAAAGCUCUUGAUUGUGCGCAGACGGGAUUCUCCGAUGGACAAUGCCCUGGCUCAUAUUAGCCAGAAGGUCUUCGGCCACAUCAUCCUUCCUUUUUGCGCGAUUUGGCACAUCGGACUUGCAUUGAUCUCGUACAACACCGACUUAUACAAAUACCAGCAUUCAGUCCUGGUGGUUAUUUGGUUUGGUUCUGCAUUGGCUUUGGCCGGAAUUGCAUUGCUCAUCCAAGUGUUGGCAUUCAAGGGCUACUACACUUACAACCAGCAUAAGAAUCGCCGGUCAACGUCUACCAUGCGGGCGAGUGACUCCUCUUUGGGCUCAAGUUUAGACCCCACUGAGAUUCGUGAACUGGAUGAUGAUCCAGAUGAGGCAAGUCAGGCAGGUGCCUAGGCUGCAGAGGGCUAAAAGAGAGGUUUCUAAGCUUCGUUGCUUCGAGUUUUCCUGAGUUUUCGAAAGUAACUGACCCAACGAGUUCCUUCGUUCUUCAGUGCUUUUUGGCAUGCGGCUUUCUCCCCAACACGCAACUCAGUUGGACCAAAAGCGGAGCCAAUCAAAGAUCUUCCAAGUGUGCCAGAGCCACAAGAGCUACAAGGGGGUGCGAGCCACGAGGGCGAAGUGGCACAAGAGCCAACGCGUGUGGCAGCACCCUCAAGAAGCAAGGAGGAGGCAGAGGCCAAUCUUGACACACCACAGAAUGCCGGCGGUUGCUGUGCGCAAUGAGCAGCCUUGAGUCGACUGAACUUGAGUGAAUACCAGAGAACUUUAGUGACAACUGAGAACUGGUAAGAAUUGAAAGGCCUUUUGAAAUGCUGGGCCUCUUCGGCCUCUCAGACCACUUUGCCAGUGCUCCCAUGGAGACCUCAGAGAUGGUGCCAUGGGACAUGUAUGCCUUUUUUUUGCGAUUCACCGGUGGACAACAAACACCGGGGUCGUGAUAGCGCGUUUCCAUGUUGCUGAGAUGCGAUGGUCCGGACAAGGCCUGUCAGAUGC